UAUAUAAUUAAAAUAUAUAAUUAAUAAAUAUAAUAUAUAAUUACGGUCUUUUAAUUUAAGGCGCUCUGACUUGAAAUUAUUAAUAUACAUGUUAUAAAAUAAUUUAGUAUCUAGUUGAGCUAGUCAAAUGUUUCUAAGAGAGACUUUCUCUCUUUCUCUGCCUCUCAGCCGUCAGGAUAGUUUCUAGUUAAAAUCAGAAAUUCCGUUAUCCUAUCUAUGUGUAUACAAAGGCUAUUUUUUAGGUAUAGGGAAAAGUACCUGUGUUUUUGGUGACCGAAAUCUUGGGAUACAGAACCAUGCACACUGAACAUUUCGGUGAAACCUAUGGCAUUACUGAAUCCCUUUUCAACCCCAAUAAAAUUAAAGGCCGAAUGCAUUAGUUGUAGCUACUUAAAGCUGUAGUUGUAUUAAUUCAUGGAACUACUGAUUGUAAACCCAUUUAAUUAAUAGUAUGAGAUCUCGACAAGAUCUCCACCACCAUAUACUCUAUGGUGCAUCUACAUACACACAACUAUUCAGUCGCCAUCACAGUUGUUUGAGAACCAUGUACUUCUAGAAAUUUUCCACCCUCACACACACAAGCAAACACGCACUAUCGUUAACCAAUCGAACUACAUCUUUAAAUAAGUCGAUACUCUGGAUUUUUGGAUAUAAAAUGUGGUGCAUCCAUGGUUACAAUAUUCAUUUCAAUUUGUAAACACAAUUUGUAAACAUGGACACAUCAGAUACUUCCGUGAUCUUCGUUGAUGACAUCACUGAGAAGUUAGUUCACGAUGUUGAUGCAGCUGCCGAUCUUGAUAUGAAUAUUCAGCGCUCAUUUUAUCCAGCUAUUACAUCAACCCAAGAAAUUCCUGAGGACCUGCAAAACUUAGAAUUGGAUGAAAAUCCUAUCGGUAUGAGCUCCCAGGAGUAUUUGGACUCCCAAUUACGACGGAAUGUGGAAGAAGAAUCGUUCGCCUGGAUGCUUACAGCCUUUGGACAACCAAUAGAGGUGGAAACCAUACCGGACUUCCCUGACGAUGACAGCGUAUUUGAUGGAGUGGAAGAUGCUGACCCAAAUCCUUAUUUAGAUUUACUUAAUGAUAGUUGGAAUCAAGAACUUUGUAAACAAUAAAAAUAAAUAAAUAAAUCAUUAA